UAGCCUCGCCAGACCUGAACGAAACUAAUACUGUUAGAAUCCCAACGCAAAUAUAUUACUCCGCAUCUGGUUACGUGGUUCCUGCGUAGAUUCGCAGCGUGCACGAAGACCGGCCAUGGGAGACACCGUGGUUCUGAACCCAGGGCUGGGCGUGGGGCACCUGGUGCCCAUGGUGGAGCUGGCCAAGCUCUUCCUGCGCUGCGGCUUCGCGGUCACCGUCGUCGUCAACGGGCCUCCGGCCGGCAAGGAGACGGACACCUCGGCCGCGGUCGCUCGAGCCGCGGCGGCCAACCCAUCCGUCCACUUCCACGUGCUUCCGACGCCGCCUGACGUCGACGCCGACGGCACGGCGCCAGACGCCGCCGAGGCGCCCAACCCUUUCGUCCUGCUGCGCCGCAUGAACGCCCCGUUCCGCGACUACCUCCGAUCGGUGCUCCCCUCCGUGCAUGCCCUCGUCCUCGACAUGUUCUGCUUCUGCGUGGACGCCGUCGACGUCGCCGCCGAGCUCGGCCUUCCGGCCUACGUAUUCUACACCAGCAGCGCCAGCAGCCUCGCCGUCAACCUGCACCUCCCGCACAUGCAGGCCCAGAUCGGCGCCGCCAGCUUCGGCGAGAUCGGCGACGCGCCGCUCUGCUUCCCGGGGAACCGCCCCUUCAAGCCCACCGAGCUCCCCAAGCUCGCCCUCGACCGGAACAACGAGGUGUACAAAAGCUUCCUCCACGCGUUCGAACGGAUCCCGGAGUCGUCCCGUGGUAUCCUCGUCAACACGUUCGAGUGGCUGGAGACCAGGGCGCUGCGCGCGCUCCGGGACGGCGCGUGCGUCCCCGGCCGCGCCACGCCGCCGGUGUACUGCGUCGGGCCGAUGGUCCCGUCCGGUGGCAGCAGCGAGAGGAAGCAGCACGAGUGCCUCGCGUGGCUGGACGCACAACCGGAGAGCAGCGUCGUGUUCCUCUGCUUCGGGAGCAUGGGCACCUUCUCCAAGCGUCAGCUGCAGGAGAUCGCCGUCGGGCUGGAGAAAUCCGGGCAGAGGUUCCUGUGGGUGGUGCAGACCCCGCGCGGCGACACCUGCGGCCCUGACAUGCUCGCUGGCGCACCGGCCGAUCCGGACCUCGCUGCGCUGCUGCCGGAGGGGUUCCUGGGGAGGACCGGCGGCAGAGGGCUCGUGGCCAAGUCGUGGGCGCCGCAGGCCGACGUGCUGCGCCACCGCGCGACGGGCGCCUUCGUGACGCACUGCGGGUGGAACUCGACGCUGGAGGCGAUCGUGUCCGGGCUGCCGAUGGUCUGCUGGCCGCUGUACGCGGAGCAGAGGCAGAACAAGGUGUUCGUCGUGGAGGAGAUGGGCGCCGGCGUGGAGAUGGCUGGGUACGACGGGGACGUGGUGGCCGCGGCGGAGGUGGAGGCUAAGGUGAGGUGGGUGAUGGAGGCCGAGGGCGGGCGGGCGCUCCGGGAGCGGGCCAUGGCGGCAAAGGAGAAGGCGCGGCAGGCGCUGAGCGAUGGCGGAGCGUCGCAGGCCGCUUUCGCUGAGUUUCUGAAGGAUUUUUAG